GUACGUUGUUCAGCGCCAGUGGCCUUGACUUGUCCACAGAUGAUUACCUUGUGUUCCAGAUCGUAUCAGAGGUUUCGUCUGAUAUACCAGAACUGUAGACCCUAUGCAUUUGGUAGGACAGGCUUUUCACGGAAAAAAGCCUCUAUACAAACACCUGUACACAGUAAUGGGCAAUUCUCACCUGCAUCGAAACUGGGAUUGGUUGUUAAAUGUGGAGCUUUUACAGUUAUAUCUACAAAUGCAAUUUUUGUGGGAUCGCUGAUUUUAGGUUUCGAAGCGUGGCGAUCUCGACGUGCAAAAUCAAAGUACAGAGAAAACAAGAGUUUCGUUUCUAGGGUGUGUGAAUAUCUUGAAGGUAUUUUGGGUAGACCUCUGAGAGCCUCUGAUAUGUAUUGGGCUCUCUUGGCAUGUAAUGUUCUGAUAUACCUUGGUCUUAACAGCGCGUUUUCGUCUACCCUUCUUCGUUAUUUCUGUAGCAGUCCAUACGGGCCUACUCCUGUAUUAUCAAUGAUACUAAGUGUGUUUUCGCACCGAAGUUUUUUCCAUUUGGCUAUUAAUAUGUAUGUUCUACACAGUUUUGCACCAUCCAUAAUUUCUCUAAUUGGCGUUGAGGAUUUUUUCAGUCUCUUCAUUGCUGGUGGAAUUUUCUCGAAUUAUGUCAGUCUGAUUAACAAAGUGCUUCAAAAAUCAACAUUUCCAUCCCUUGGUGCAAGUGGAGGAAUAUGUGCUAUAAUCGGUGCAUUUUCUAUGCUCCAGCCAAACGCUAGAUUAUGUAUACCAUUUGUUGUAGAUAUAAUCCCUCAUUCAUUUCAAGCGAGCAAUGCUAUUUGGGUCAUGCUAUGCAUUGAAACACUUGGCAUUUUAUUCUUUACCCGUCGAAGUGCACUGGAUCAUGCGGCACAUGCUGGUGGUUUACUUUUUGGAAUGGUGUAUGGUAUGAAUGGAUCUGAAUUCCUCUGUGAACGACGUCGUGCUGUUUUAUCCUGGUGGAGAAGCAUUCGUGAUUCAAAAUGAAAGUGUCACACUUUGUGGCAUAUUUUUGGAAUCUUUUUUUUCACGAGUACUAUAAAACACUCCUGUAAAUAUUCAAACAUUAUGAUCACAAAUUUUUAACUUAUCAGAAUCUUGUACAGUAAAUACAGUCGCUUGUAAAAUAAAGUAUGUUCAGUUAUUUUGACCGUUACUUUUGUUAUUGUUUAUUUGAGUUCAUUGUGGUUCAGUUCUAUAGGAGAUUGUUCUAUUCAUAAAAGUUAUGGGAAAAACCAACCAUUGAGUUGGGAGAAUACCAACUUCCGUUACGCUAUCAUCUAUCUGUAAUAUCUCUAUUUCAGGUUUAUGUCCAGUCCCC